AUGAAUCGCGUGUCUAAUAUAAGAAGUAUCCAAACUUUGAAUGAAAAAGAAUUAACAUCAGGAGCUGCUGGUGAUUAUACUAAAUCAUGGCAUCGACAAUAUAAAGAUUCAGCCUGGAUACAUAUAAAUGGUCUGUCUUAUGACUUAACAGAAGGUGAUGUUAUUGCUGUAUUUUCACAAUAUGGUGAAAUUGUAAAUAUAAAUUUAGUUAGAGAUAUUAAAACAGAUCAAAGAUCAACUAUUUUGGCUGUUGAUAAUUUAAAUGGAAUAACUUUAUGUAAAAGAAUUUUAAAAGUUGACCAUGUAGAACAGUAUAAAGUUCCUAAAUUUAAGGAAUCUCUUGAUAAAGAUAUGAAGAAAAUUUUAGAAGAAGGUUGCGCACCAAAGCUAAUAAAAUUAAGUGAUGAAGAAGUUAAAAGGUUACAGAAAGAAGAACAAGAAAGAUAUAAAAAUGUUGUUAAAAAGUGUGAUGAAGUGUUACCUUUUGAUGUAGAUUCAGUUGAUCCUGACUUAUUAAAAACAAUGAAGAAAAUUAAAAAACGUGAGAAAAAAGAGGCAAAACGCGAAGAAAAGUUACGGAAACUGGAGAAACGUCUUGCUUCGGCGGAGGCAGACAAAGGUGACCCAGAUAAAAUUGAUCAUUGGAGUUCGAAACGAGUUAAACUUGAUAAAGUAAUUGGUGAAAAAGAUCUUUACAAUAGUAAUCCAAACUUUAUGUUCAAUAAGGAAAAGAAACUUGCCCCACCUCCACCUUCACAUAAUGUAAGGCCUAAUUUUGAGAAGGCAGAUUGGCGUGAUAUUGAAUUAUUUAAAAUUGUUCGGGAACAAGAUAAGAUAGUUCAUGGAGAAAAAACACAUAAAUGGAAAGAGCCCGAAGCAUUUAUUCCAAAAAGAUUGGCGAAAUAA